UGUUGUUGGGGGAAGAGAAGCUCGGGCAGCCGCUGAGCUCUGCCGCUUCGGACAGCUUAUUCACGUUAUUACACAUCGGUAAUAACCCCGAGCACAGUGAAUUUUAACAACGUGAUAACCGGCUCCGUCGCCCUGGAUACCCGUCGCUCUCUCUCCAGCUGCACUCGGUUCAGCGCUAGCCGUUGGAUGAUAAACGGACUGAAUGUGGAUUUAACUGCCGCUUCGCUCCGCAGGCCGUGCCGCCAUUGCUGCUGUUUUUAUAAGCUGAAUUCGUGAAAAUACCGAGGGUCUUUAGGCUUCAUAAUGAAGAAGAAAAGUCGCCAUCACCGGCCUGCGGUGCUGAAGAGAGAUUCCUCUCCCAUCAAGCCCUCGCCCAACCGCGAGACGCUGACAUAUGCACAGGCGCAGAGGAUUGUAGAGCUGGAGGUGGACGGCCGCGUUCACCGGCUCAGCAUUUACGACAAGAUGGACGUCAUCUCUGACGACGACCCCAUGGCGCAGGAGAUCAUGGAAUGCAACAGCAACAAGGAGAACAACGAGAAGCCCCAGCAGGUCCUGGUGCGCUCUGUGCGCCUCAAAAACAACCAGCAGAAAAAGAACGCUGCGCUCAUGGCCACACAUGGUGGCACCGCCACACACAGCAGCACCGGCCUGUUGGAGGCAAAGGUUAGAACGGUGGAAUACAACCUGCCGGUGGUGCCCAAGAGGCCGGCAGCUUAUUACAAAUACACGGAAAGGACGGCGGAGGAGUUGGAUGAGGAGGUGGAGUACGACAUGGACGAAGAGGACUACGCCUGGUUGGAGCUCUUCAAUGAGAAGAGGAAGAGCGAGGGCAUCAGCCAGGUGUCGCACAACCUGUUUGAGUUCCUCAUGGACCGCUUCGAGAAGGAGUCGUACGCAGCGACACAGGGUCAGAGGGACCUGCAGUCGCUGGUGGACGAGGACGCUGUCUGCUGCAUCUGCAUGGAUGGAGACGGAGCCGACAGUAACGUCAUCCUCUUCUGCGACUCCUGCAACAUUGCAGUGCAUCAGGAGUGUUACGGCGUGCCGUACAUCCCUGAGGGCCAGUGGCUGUGCCGCCACUGCCUGCAGCGUCCGUCACGGCACUCUGAAUGUGUCUUCUGCCCCAACAGAGGCGGAGCCAUGAAGAAGACCGACGAUGACCGCUGGGGCCAUGUAGCGUGCGCCCUGUGGGUGCCCGAGGUUGGCUUUUCUGACACUGUUUUCAUCGAGCCCAUCGACGGUGUGCAUAACAUCCCACCGGCGCGCUGGAAGCUCACCUGCUACCUGUGUAAAGAGAAGGGUGCAGGAGCGUGCAUUCAAUGCGACAAGAUCAACUGUUACACCGCCUUCCAUGUCAGCUGUGCCCAGAGGGCCGGCCUCUACAUGAAGAUGGAGCCCGUCAAAGAAGUGACGUCAUCCGGCUCCGCCACCUUCUCUGUGAAAAAGACCGCCUACUGCUGCAGCCACACGCCCGAAGGCUGCGACCGCCGGCCGCUCAACAUCUACGACGAGCCACAUCCCAAAAAUGGAGCCUGCCACAAGAGGGCCGACAAGAGGGGGAAAUCCCGGGGCAAAGGCUGGCAGAAGAAGAAGAGUAAAAGAGGGGAGCCCGAACCAGAACCAGAGCCUGAGACCCCCACCAACACUGGGCCCAGUAUCACUGCUUCAAGUUUCGACACCAUCCUGAACCAGGUGGCGGUCCAGAGGAAGCGUGUCUUUGUGGAGCGAGUAAUGAGCUACUGGGUGCAGAAGAGGCAGUCGAGGAACAACGUGCCGCUGAUCCGCCGGCUGCAGGCCAACCCUCAACCGCCCAAAGUCAAGAAGAUGGAUCGAAUGGAGACGAACCAAGCCCUGAAGGAGCAGCUGAAGGAGUGGCACCGCCUCCGCCACGACCUGGAGCGAGCGCGCCUGUUGCUGGAGCUCAUCAGGAAGAGAGAGAAGCUGAAGAGAGAGGAGAUGAAGCUGCAGCAGUCGGCUCUGGAGGUCCAGCUGACCCCCUUCAACAUCCUGCUGAGAGCCGUGCUCAGUCAGCUGCAGGACAAGGACCAGUACAGCAUCUACGCUCAGCCUGUCAACAUCAAGGAGGUCCCGGACUACCUGGACCACGUGAAGAACCCCAUGGACUUCUCCACCAUGAGGAAACGCAUCGAUGCUCAUGAGUAUGGGAGCCUGGACGACUUUGAGGCAGACUUCAACCUCAUCAUCUUCAACUGCAUGAAGUACAACGCUAAGGACUCGUUCUUCCACAAGGCAGCCCAGCGGAUGCAGGACCACGGGGGGGCCAUCCUCCGCCGGGCCCGCAGAGAGGCGGAGAAGAUCGGUUUCGACUUCCCCAGCGGGCUGCAUCUCCCCGAAGCCCCCAAACCGGAGGCGCCACCCCCCUUCUCCUGGGAGGAAGUGGACCGGCUGCUGAGCCCCUCGUACCGCCGGCUGACCCCCCUGGAGGAUCAGCUGAAGGAGCUGCUGGAGAAGCUGGACCUGAGCACGGCCAUGAAGCACAGCCCGUCCCGCAGCAAGAGGCUCAAGCUGCUCAAGAAGACCAUUAUGGAGGUGCGCAGCGAGAUGAGCCUCAAGAACUCCCUCCGAAAGUCGAUGACGACGGCGGCGCCCCCCAAGCCCGACCCGGCCCCCGCAGAGUCAGAGGAGAAACCACUACCUGAACCCCCAGCAGAGCCCUGCUCACCCUUGCAGGACAAGCCUUCACCUCUGCCCUCGUUAGAGCUGUUAGCGGCGCUGUCGCAGCUCCACGCCUCGCCCGGCGACUCGGAACCUCCGGAGCCUGUCAAGCCCAGCACGGACCCCAUGGAGCUCGACGGCGACACGUCUACCUCAGUGCCCGAUACACCCAACGGGCACGCCCCCGACCUGCCGCUCCCCAACGGCGACGUCCACUCCGAGGCCUCUGGCACCUGCAACCGACGCAACAACGUCCUCUUCCGCAAGUCCAAGAGCGCCAGCCCCCAGAAACCUCAAAAGAACCAGGAGGCGUCCGCUGUCACGCCGCCGACGUCGCCGCUUGGCUCCAAAACCUUCCUGUCGGUGGUGAUCCCUCGCCUGGAGACACUCCUUCUGCCCAAGAAGAGGAGACACAGCAGCAGCGCCGACGGAGACGAGGAGGAUGAGGAGUCGCCGAUAAAACGCCUUGGCACAGGAAUAGCAAACGGUUUUGUGGUGGAGGAGGAGGAGGAUGUCUCUCCGUCUCCACGACUGCUGGAGCCUCGGCGCCGCUGUGCCUCCGAGUCGAGCAUCUCCUCCAGCGGGAGCGUCCUCUGCAGCACCAGCACUGUCGUCGUGCCUAAAAGCGGUAAAGGGCGGUCGCCGGCGGUUCGGCGGAGCACCGUGGACGACAAGAGCACUCUGAUGACCUGCAUCGAGAACGGGGAGUUCACCAAACCUGCCAAAGUGUCUCCAGAUCACGGACCCCAGAGUGCGGAGGACGGGGGGGCAGCACAGCGGGCUGGAGCUUCCCCCGCCGCCGCCGCCGCAGGCCGUUCUCAGAGCCGGAGAGCAGAUGCAGUUCAGGUCCGCAGAGAAACUCUUCCUCGUCCACUUCUUCGACAGCAAGCGCAGCUGGCAAUGGCUUCCUAGAUCCAAGAUGGCUCCCUUUGGGGUCGACCGGACCCUCGACAGAAUCAAGCUGGCAGAGGCUCACUCCUCCAGAGGCCGGAAAGCUGUGCGGCUCGCCUUCGACCGAGCCAUGAACCACGUGAGCCGUGUCAGCGGCGCGAUGGAGCCGAGCGCCGGCCUCCCCGUCACGGACUGAACCCUCUGAAAUCCUCCCGUCAGCCACCUCUCCUCUCUCAGCUUUUAUUCUGAACACAUUCACAGCGGAGACUCACGGUCCUGCCUCAUACGCACAAACACAUGUUUACCAUUUCCUGCAAAACUGGAUCAUUUUCAUGUCCCCCCCCCCUCACAUCUUUCCCUCACCCCCGUCUGAACAACUGUAGCCUGUGACGUCCAUGUUGUUUUGUCAAAGAGCUAUGCAAGGACUCGGUUAGCUGGUGCAAAAAAAAGAAAAGAAAAAGAGUCAAACCUGGACUGUGAGGACCGAAAAACCACAGGACGUACCCUGUUGAAUGUGUCAGACUUGACCUCUGACCUCCUUAAAAUGUGCUGCAAGACUGCUGCAACAAUCUCACUGCCAUGACAUCAGUGUGAGGGUGUGUGUGUGUGUGAGUGUGUAUGUAAGCGUGUGUAUGUGUGUGUGAGUGCAGCAGCUCCUGUAAAUAUCCUGUACAAGGCCUGACACUAAUUUAUUCACUCCCUCAGUUUUGGUACAUUAGCCGUUCAGAUAUUUAUACGGUGGGAGGAGACGAUCCACUGACGGUGUCGGUGCGUCCGCUGGUGCUAUCUCUCACGCAGAGACACAAAACAAACAUGCAUACUGUAACAAACAUUUUUAUUUCAGCUCCUUUUUUACGGUUUUUGUAACUUAUUGAGUUCUCAAGCUUCUUUGGCAUUACUUGUUUUUCGUGUGUUUGCAUCUCUUUUUUUUUUUACAUGAAUGUUUUUACUGGACUACUUUCUUUUUCUUCGUUUGUACAUAUUUAUAUAAAAUCUAUAUAGAUGCUCUCAAAGUUUAAAAUGCCUAAAGUGCAUCAUUCACACCGAAACCAAAAAAAGAAAGAAAAUCUGCUGCCCACAAGUUUCCCACUAAUGUGUUUUUUUUACAGUUGAUUUCUGUUUGUGUGCUGUGAUGAUUUCAAGCUCACAGAAUCAUUUUCCCACCUGGACUGAGCUACAGGCGGCUGUAGGAGAGAAGAGAAUGUGCCUGUACUAAUUUAUUGUAAAGCAGAACAUUUAUAUGCAUUACUUUAUAGAGAGAGUAUUGUAAGAAAAUACUGCGGGCACACGAGGAGCCCCAUGUAGAGGCCCCCUCCUCCUCCUCCUCCUCUUCUUCUGUUGUGUUUCUUUGGGGGUUUAAUAGCAUUAAAUCUGAAUGGUGAGGUGAUAGUGUUUGAUGUUUUUUUUGGCAGGGUAGCGAUGGGUAGACUUCCUGUUUUCUUUAUUUUUGCCCUCUGGAUGUGGAUGUCGUGUGUAAAUAGAUUUGGUACUUUAGCUGAUUCUCUGGGAAAAACCACAGUUAUUAUAGCCAACGGGGGCGGAAACCAGCCGACAGCAGGCGGUGGGAUUUUUAUACUAAAACACUGAAAAAUUAAAAUAUGUUAUUGAAUCACUGA